UGAUAUCACCUGGAAAAGGACGUGGCUGUUGUUGGGUCAUUGUUAUUGUGUGAUUGCUUGUAUUAAAGAGCUUUCCGGGGCACCAGUCUGUAGUGUGCGGGUUGCACGGUGUCGGUUCGGGGGAGCGGAUUAUGGUUCCGGGUUUUCAUGUUUCCUAGGGGAAUGGAAACUGUAUAGACACCAGGCCGGUCACCAAGAGCCACGUCUAAUGGGAGAGGCCGAGAGGGAGAGAAGCUGGAGCUAGGAGCCGAGGGACAACAGCUGACCAUGCCCGGGAACGUAUAGACUCAACAGGUGCCGUAUUUAUUAGGUGUCUGUCAACUACUCUUUCUGUAGGACAGCCAGCCCAGCAUGUUCAUCCAGUUUCGCAGAUGAAAUUAACUGACAGCUGUAAAAAACAUAUCAACUCAAGGCAUUUCCAUAUACCUUAUAGCACACUUACACCUGAAGAAGUACGUUCAUGCAGCCUGGGUCCGACUCGCCUGGUGUCCUGUUUGGGCCAGUGGCUGGAAAUGGCAUAUCUAAUAAACAAUUCGAACUGGCUGGUGCCCAGGUAGAAAUUGGCAUGACAAAUGAAGAGGAUGUGACCGGUAUGCCAAAGCUAGAAGGCAGUAUGGAGACAAACUCAUCUGGAGACCUGCGUCAGAAUGGGCCUAAAUGCAAUUAUUCCGAUCAUCCUUCAUCCUCUUUCAUCAGCUCCUGUAGUACAGCAGCACCCCCAGGUGUGGCUGGUUUCAAUGACAUCAUAUCGGAGUCUAGUACUGUGGGCCUAGUUCUUAGAAAAGAAGCUUUGCAGUCGCUGAAGCUAAGCCUUCAUAUGCAGGAAACUGACCUGUCCUUUAGUGAUGCUCCUCUUCCACUUGAGCGAGAGGAGCAAAUACGUUUGCAAGCCAGACGUCGCUUGGAGGAACAGCUAAAACAGUACAGAGUCAAGCGUCAACAGGAGAGGUCUAACCAAUCGACUCCUAAAAAUCGUCCCUCAAGCACGUUGGAUCCUGAACUUAUGUUUAAUCCAGAUAAUCUUCCUCGGGCAAGCACAGUAGCAAUGACUAAGGAGUAUUCCUUCUUGCGCACAAGUGUUCCACGAGGACCCAAACUGGGUAGUCUCGGCCUCCCUUCCAAAGAGAAGAAGUCAUCCAGAUCCUCAAAGUCUUCCAGCAAGAUACGCUCAUUGGCAGAUUACCGCCAAGAAUCUUCAGAGACAAACAAUGCCAAUAUAGGUUAUUCAGAUUCUUCUCCUGGCUCCCUAAAGCCCAAUAGGGGAAGUCUUACAUCUGUAGUGUCUGAGAUCAGUGUGGAAGGAGCACAUCUACAGGAGGGUAUUAGUUAUAUUGCUGACAACAGCUCAGAGUUUGAUGGAAGUGACUUGAGCAUAAGGCAUGAUGGCAAUGAGAGUGACAGCUCUACUCAUAGCAGUGUAUCUGCUGGACAGAGCAUUUACUUGAGUGCUGUGUCCCCAAAAAGGGCCGAAGAAUACAUUGUAAAUGGUCAGAGCAUCCCUGUAGAGGAUGUAGGACAGUUUCCAUCACUCAAAGAUGUACUACAAGCAGCUGCUGCAGAGCAAUACGCUCAGGACCCUGAAGGAAAUGGGGAACCUAGAAGUCGGAGGGACAGCAUAUCAAGCAGUAUUUCAAUGGAAAGCUCCAUUGCAGGCACCCAUGAUGAGCUUCUUCAGGUCCUUAAAGAAAAGAUGAGGUUGGAGGGGCAGCUGGAGUCUCUAACAGCAGAAGCCAGCCAGGCACUUAAAGAAAAGACUGAGCUCCAAGCCCAACUUGCAGCAGUAAACACCAGACUUCAUGCAGAGGUUGAGCACAGCUUGGCCAGCCAGCAGAAACAAGAAUCUUUAAGUUCAGAAGUUGUCACACUAAAGAAGUCAUGCACAGAUCUGGAGAGGGCAAUGGCAGAUCUUCAGAACAGCUUAGAAACUAAGAAUAUCAGCUUGGUUUCAUUGGGAAAUGACUUGCAGGUUGCAGAAGAACAGUAUCAACGAUUGAUGAGCAAAGUAGAAGAGUUACAAAGGACAAUCCUUCAGAAAGAUAACAAUGUUCAUGAUCUGCGGCAACAAACUGUGUCACUACAGUACCAGCUACAACAGGUACAACUGGACCGCACAACAUUAACAAACAAACUGAAAGCCUCAAAAGCGGAAAUAACCUCACUGCAGCAGACACGUGAGUGGUACCAGCAGCAGCUCACAUUGGCUCAAGAAGCACGGGUCCGACUCCAGAGUGAGAUGGCAAACAUACAGGCUGGGCAGAUGAGCCAGGCUGGUGUUCUGGAGCAUCUUAAAAUCGAGAAUGUGACCCUUUCACACCAGCUGAGUGAGACACAGCACAGGACAAUCAAAGAAAAGGAGCGAAUUGCUGCACAGCUGCAAAAUAUUGAGGCGGACAUGUUCGAUCAGGAGGCUGCAUUUCAGCAGAUACAAGAAGCAAAACACAUGGUAGAAGAAGACCUUCAGAAAAAAUUGGAUGAAUUUGAGAUAGAGCGGGAGCAGCUUCAAAAACUUGCAGACUCUGCAACAGCUUUGGAACAAGAAGUUGAGCAGUUAAAGCUGAAUUUGAACCAGAAAGUCUUGCAGCUUGAAGCGCUCCAGCAGGAACAUCUUGAGAUCUUGAAGCAACUUGCUACAACCCAAGAAAGUCUUCACACCAAAGAUCAGUCACUUAAUGAUCUUCAAAUGAGAUUUGAUGAAAUUGAAGCCAGGCUUAUGGAGCUACAAAAUGACCUGUCUUUAAAAGAUGACACUAUCCAGUAUCUUCAAAACCAAAAGAUUGUUCUAGAGGUUGCAUUACAGGCAGCUAAGUUGGAGCAAAAUGACCUUGAUCAGGGAGCCAAAAAACUAGAAGAGGGAACUGAAGCUGCAGCAGAAAUCUUGGAAAAACUUCAGCAAGAUAUUGCUGUAAAAUCUGCCCAGGUGGAAACCUUGCAGCAAGAGAACAACAAUCUCAAAAAACAAACACAGAAAGUGAAGGAACAAUUUGUCCAACAGAAAGUGAUGGUAGAAGCCUAUCGCAGGGAUGCUAGCUCCAAAGAACAGCUUAUCAGUGAACUGAAAGCUACUAAGAAGAAGUUGGAUUCAGAGGUGAAAGAACUUAGAAAAGAACUCGUGAAGGUCCAAGGUGAGAAGUCAGCAGCAGAGGUGGAUAAAGCCCGGGUUAUGAAGGAAAUGACUAAGCUGCAACAGCAGAUGGAAGAACUUGAAUCCCAUCUCCAAGCUGCACAAAAUGAUAGAGAUGAAAUGGAAAUCCGUCUACAGUCCAUACAGUUUGAUAAGGAUCAGCUAAUAAUUCUAACGCAGGACAAUGCUGCCCUAAAAGAACAAAUAGAAGUGUUACAAAAUGAAGCGAAGCAAGCAAUCACAGAACAGAAACAGAGAAUGAAGAGAUUAGGCUCAGACCUGACAAGUGCUCAGAAGGAGAUGAAAAUUAAACACAAAGCAUAUGAGAAUGCAGUUGGGAUCCUGAGCCGACGUCUUCAGGAAGCACUGACUGCAAAAGAAACAAUGGAAUCUGAGCUCAAUAAACUCAAAGCUCAAAUAUCAGAAGGAGGUGACAGUCAAGCUUUUCAGGAAAAAUUGAAUGGCCUUAAAAGCGAAUUACAGGCUGUAAGCCAUAGUAAGGCCAUGCUAGAACGUGAGCUGCAAGAGGUCAUAUCACUUACCAGCCAGGAGCUUGAAGAAUAUAGAGAGAAGGUUCUUGAGCUAGAAGAUGAGCUGCAGGAAUCUCGUGGCUUUAAAAGAAAAAUAAAAAAAUUGGAAGACCUCAACAAGAAACUGACACUAGAGUUAGAACAUGAACGAGGGAAGCUUGCUGGACUUGGGCAAUCCAAUGCUGCUCUACGUGAACACAACAAUAUACUUGAGGCUGCUCUGGCAAAGAGAGAGGCAGAUUUGGUACAACUGAAUUUACAGGUUCAAGCAGUGUUGAAACGUAAAGAAGAGGAAGAUAGACACAUGAGAGAGCUAGUUCAGAGUCUGCAAGAUGCUUUGGAAAAAGAAAAAGCAAAGGUCACCAGUCUGUCUGAGCAGGUUGCUACUGCCAAGGCAGAGGGGGCACACAACCGGAGGCACUAUAGGGCUGCAGCACUCGAACUUAGUGAGGUCAAGAAAGAACUUCAGACAAAGGAGCAGAUGAUUCAGGCACUUCAAGCUGAAGCUCAAAAACUGCAGUCUCAGGAUGAGAAGUAUUCUCAGGAGCUGUCACAGUUUCAGCAGGAGUUGGCUGACGCACGUUCUCAGUUGGUACUACUCCAGAAGGAACUAGAUGAUCAGCUGGCUAAGAAGCCACAAGUUAAUCAAGAGGUUGAAGAUCUAAAGUGGGAGGUAGAACAGAAGGAGCGUGAGGUUCAAUCCCUGAAGCAACAGUUGGAUAUGACUGAGCAGCUCAACCAAAGAGAACUGGAGAAUGUUCAGACAUUGCUGCAGAAUCUGAAAGAUGAACUUGAGGUUGUACGAGAAGAUCUGACCAUGACUCAAAAGGAUAAGUUCAUGCUGCAGACAAAAGUGACUGAGCUCAAAAACAGCAUGAAGACAUUGUUACAACAGAAUCAGCAAUUAAAACUGGAUCUUCGUCAAAGCCGGACUAAAAAGAGGAAGGAGUUUAAAGGAGACAUCACUUCAUCCAACCCUGCGACUCCAGUUAAGAUUCCAGACUGCCCUGUGCCAGCUUCGCUGCUAGAAGAGCUACUAAAGCCUACAACGAUCAGCAGAGAGCCUCUGAAAAACUUAAACACCUGUCUUCGCCAACUAAAGCAGGAAAUGGACAGUCUCCAAAAGCAAAUGGAGGAGCACACCAUAACGGUACACGAAUCUAUGAAUUCAUGGACUGAAGAACACCUACAGGACUCCUUAUCUGACACACAGGUUGUGACCAGUGCAAAGCUUCCAAUGCAGGAUCAGAACCUCAACGUUAAUGACAAUGAAGGAAAAGAGCAGGCAUUAUAGACUAUUUUCUGUUUCCUGCUUCUUAUUUCUUAAGAGAAACAUUUCUAUCUCUAUUGCUGACAGAUAAAAGAGCACAGCACAUUUUUUAAUAAUUAAAUGUUUAAAGUCAAAGAAACCUUAAUGGACACAUGGGGAUCUGAUGGCUCGUAUACUAUGUAAAUCUCAGAUAUGUUAUGUGCCUUUUGUAGCAGAAAAAAAAGAUUCGGUGUAGUUUAUAGUCUUAAUUCCAAGUUUCUUUUGACCCUAUCUUUAAUUAUUUUUUUUACAUGAAAUUGUUGAAAGAAAGAACGCAUAGGCAUUUCAAAUACAUUUGCUGCCCCCUGUGCCCAUUUUACUAAAGAACUGCAAUUCCUUAAUGAUAUACCAAUAUAUAAUAAUAGGAAUAACUGAGCAGAAAAUGUCUACUUAAAGACUAAUGCACAGAAUUAAAGAUGAAGGUGUUCUGAAAUGUUUUACCUUUUUUUUUAAAGGUUUUCUUAUUUAUGGUAUGCUGCAGCUAAAGCCCUUAGGCUUUUAGGCAAUAUUGUAGAGUUUAGCUGGCAACCUACUAAAAGUAUUUAGUUCUGUGUAUAAAAACCCUACAGCACAGGAGGUUAAGUUUCCUAUGAAGGAGAGUUGUGGUGUUUACGUCUCAAAUACAUGUUUAAUGUGUCCAAUGGGACCAUACACAUGACUAUAACGUACAGUUGGUGCCAUGUAGAAGAAAAAAAACUGAACUGUUGUGGUUACAUGUUUGGCAAGGCCUUAUGAAUUGUGAAUAUGAGCUGUGUAAAUGUGUCUCUUGUUAAGUUCAUAAAUGUAGUUGACAAUGAUUUUUGCUCUUUUUUGACGUUUACAUGGAAUAUGUGACUGCCAAUGGUAAUAAUGGCUUUUAAUAUGCUACUUGUUUUAAGUUGUGGUCUUACCUGGACAACCCUUGCUGUCAAUUAGCCGGUUACUAUUGGUCAAGCAGCUAAAACCCCCAUUGACCUAGCUAUCACCAGGGAAAGUUGUGGGUAGCUGCACGUUUCUCCUGUUGCAGCCACUACAGGAAAAAUGUGGUAUUACAUGGCAGUGCAGAGUUCUUCAGAUCAGGAGCAGCUGUUUGCGACGGUUCUAUACUCUGGUUAAUGGAUAAAGGUCCUAAGCUGAAACCGACCUAUAGAAUUAAGAUAACAUGUCAUUUUGACCACUUGGUGAAUAGCGUAGAAAAGAAGGCCACCCACUCAUAUUGUCAAAUAUAGUGAAAGAUAAAUGUCUGGCACAACCCCAGCACACAUAUCAGGUCCAUCAAAGCUAUAUAUCCUCUUCUAGCUGGAGUGAGCAAUGUCACUUCUUAACAGGUGCUCACCUGUCAAUGAGUCUUCAGCAAUAUAACUUCACAUAGAGAAAUAGAAUAGCAUCACUCACCAUUAAUUGCUAAAUCUUCUCUUUGAGUUGUAUACUCACAACAUGCAUACAGGGGGAGACGAAGUGCAGUAGGAGUGUACAGGUAGACCAAGGCAACAGCCGCGUUUCGCACGUGUUAUGGCUAUUAAAAGGCAUCCAAAGGUAUUACCUAAUACACCUCUGUUAUUGUUACUAACACCUUUAUAAGCAAGAUUUCUCCAGUAAUACUGCAGGAAAUCCUUGUCAUUGUUCUGUGAACCUUGUUUUCUUCUGCGUAUAACAGAACUGCAUUAGAGAAUUACUUUAUAUGCUGCUACCCGAAAUAGAAGUUUAUCCAUCCUAUACUUUUAUCUUGAUAUAAUGGUGGUGUAUAAAUUAUUAGUGGUUUUCUAUAUAUUUUUUUUUUUUUUAUCCCCAGAGAUUCUAGACAAUUUUUUUAUUUUAAUGUUAAAAAUUAACUAACUGGCCAGUAAAAUACUGACUAUUUCAUUUAUAAUGUUGGGAAAGUUUUGAUACAACAUUCCAUCAUUGUAUGUGAAAAAGACACCUAUGCUUUCAACCCUUCACAUCUGGGUGUUUGGUUAGUAGUGCACUUCUUAUUCACAAACUGACUUCUGUAUAUAUAAUCUGUACAUGUUGUAGGUUUAUUCAACUUGCAAGGGGUAAUUAUUUUAGUUUUUACCCUUUUUUUUUUUUUUUUUUGCUUUUGUCAAAAAAUCUAACUAAAAUAAGUUUUUAUAGUCUACCUGUUACCAGUAGACCGACAAGAAAGCUCUCUUCUGGCUUAGAGUGGAUGCCAUAGAAAUAUUUAGCCAAGCCCCCAUAUGACAGUAUUUUCAGGCAAUAAAUGGCAUUGUCUGCAUUGUUUGUGGGUCACAAAAAUGUUGUCCAUAUUCUGAUGUAUACGCCAAUUUAAAGGAGGCCUGUGAAAGAUGCUCUACUAAUAAGAAAA